AAUAGAUGAAAUACACUGUUAUUAAGGUUGUAUGCGUGUAUUUGUUUAUUUAUUUAUUUAUGUAUGGUGUGUCUAGUACAAAGCAGAAUAUUAAACUAAUUGCACUUUACAUGUGUACACUGACACAUUUGUAUGCACAUUGUGUGUGUAGGCGGACAAAACAUAAAUUUGACUAGUUAUGAGUUUAAUGCCUAACGAUUAUAUUUCUAUUGAAAAUUGUACGUAUUAUUCAUAUAUUGGAUAACAAAUCAUUUUUGAGUUUGCUUUUUUUGUUUUAAUAAUGAUGACACACAUUAGAAAUAUGAUGAAUCAGUAUUGAAUUCUAUAUCACUGAUAUUCUUCUUUUUUUGUACUAUCUCAAAUAGAAACAAUGUCAUUAUAAAAUGAAUGAAUGAAUGAAUAGUUAUCAUUUACACCAUUGAUAUAUUGUUAAGACAUGUUUCCUGUCAUAUUAUAUUAUAACAGUUAAUACUGUCAUUAAAAGUAUUAUGAAGGUUAAUUUAAAAUAUCAUAUUUACAAUCAUUUUUGUUCAAUAGUUCAAUAGAUUCAUUUCAUUUACAUCCGAAAAUUCAAAAAGUGAUUUCACAAAAUUGUAAAAAAUAAAGUUUGUAAAAAAGAAUAAAGAAAAGAAAAAUAAACUAAAAGAUAAUUUAUAUCAUAAAUUAUUAAAUUCAUAUUGAAAUUUCAAAUAAUAAAAACCAAAAAAAAAGAAAUGAAAGUUGAAUUCGUUUUACCUUCGGCUCUUCAAUAUGGUGAUUGUAUUGAAGUGAAUGGAAAAGCUGGUAAUAACAAGUUUUCAAUCGACUUAAUCUCUGAUUAUUUAGCUUUUGAUCCGACUAUACUCAGUGAACAAGAUAGAACUGAUGAAUGUGAACUGCCAAUUGUUGAAACACAACCAUUGCAAAUAUUAAUAGAAACAACCGGUAGCUGGGAUAUUAAUGCUAAUUCACCAGAGACUAGUACAUCAUCACAUGGUAGUUCAGCGAAACGAUUUGGUUUUCGUGCUAAUGAAAAUUUUGUGUGCAGAGUUGUCAUUAAAACUGAAUAUUAUGUUGUUUAUUUAAACGAUAUGAUGUUGUCGAACUCUGAACACUUAGUUCCUGUAGGCUCUAUUAAUGGCUUUGCAAUCGAUGGUGACUCUGACAUUUCAACUAUACUAUUUGGUGACUUAAAUGCCAUUGAAAAAUAUAAUUCUAAACAUAUUGCACAACAUAUUCAAUCAAACAAUCCAAAAAUUAUUGAAUGUCGACUAACAUCUGAUGAUUUAUUAGCUACUGUUUUAUUAAAUGAUAGUGAAGAACAUUCAAAAACUUAUGAUGACUUCAGUGAUAACCAUAUUGAGAAUAAUAAUAUCACUGAUAUUGAACAUAAGACCAACCAAGAUCAUAUUUCCAAUGGGGAAUUUACAGUUACAGAAAAUUACUUAGAUAGAGAAAAAACAUUGGAAGGUACAUGUACACAGAAUUUAAAAACAGGAAAUACCGGUUUUUUGUGCAAUACAUCAAAUUUACUUCACCCUAACAGUGAAUUCACAAAUCAAUGUCAUGACAAUAAUGCAAACAAUUUUGUAAUUAGUAAUAACAAUCAAAAGUUAAGCAAUUCUAGCAAACUAAUUAGAGCUUCAUCAUAUCAAUUAGUAUUUGAUGUAGAUAGUGAUUCAACUGAAGAAAUAGACCGGAAUGACGAAGUACAUGAAACAUCAAUAAAAACUAUUAAUCUGUCUUUAUUCAAUCAGACAAGAGCUAAAAGUAUUCAAAAUCUAUUUCAUUUUCAUCAUAAUUAUUAUGAUAAUUUUGAUCAUAUAAAUAAAUUUAUUCAUGAAUCACAUCAAUUAAUAUCCGAAGAUGAAGGCAAUAACAUUGAUCGUUUAAAAGAUACAAUAAAUUUCUCAAUGCAUAAUUUAAUAUGUGAGAACAAAUUACUAGAAUCUAAAGAGUUUAAUGAAGUAAGUGACUCAAAUCAAUUAUCUGGGAAAUUUUCAACAUCACAACUAUUAGAACUGGUAAGAGAAGAGUUUGAAUUAGAUCAAAAUAAUGAAGACAAUGUAGAAAAUAUUCAAACUAAUAAGAGUAAAUUAAAACAAGAGAAUUCGGCUGUUAAAAAUACGAAUGGAGUAUCUUGUCAUAUGGAUUCCUUGUCCAAUGAUGUUAAAUCGAUAAAUAAUUUAACAGAAGAUGGAUCAGAACUAACUGAAAGUACAAUGUUGAAUAGUGAAAAAAUAAAUGUAUUAAGCAAUCGAACAAGCGAAACUAUGAAUUCAUUAGAUAAUCAAGAUGAUGAAGGAAAUAUUAUGCUAAAAGAAUGUGAGUCAAAAAUACCGGUAUUCAGAAAUAGUUUAUCCAAUAAACAUACACCAAAUUUAAUAACUAAUGGAUCACAAGAAAUCAAAUUUAAACCUUUAAAAUCAGCCCGUAAAGGCAGUUUUCAUCCACGCGAUACUGAUUCAAAUCCAGAUGACUGUUUAGUUCUAUCCUGCUCAGACAAGCAAGGACUAAUCCAUUCUAGAAUUCCACAACCUUUAUGUUCAAUAUCUCAUAGUAAUAGCAAUAAUAAUACAGAUCAUUCACAUAAGCAGUUGAAUGAAAAUGAUAGUCAACAAUUACCGAUAUAUGAAUCGUCGAUAAAAUCUGAUUCCCACAAAUAUCCAUCCAAUAAGCAGUCUAUUAAUGGUAUGUCGAAAACAGAAGUUCGAAAUGAUUCAAUUGCGAAGGUUAAUACCAAUAAAAAUGUAAUUAAUCGAAAUCCAUUAAAAUCAAGUCGAUCUGUUAAUAAUCGAAAAUCUUAUCCAUUAUUAAGUAAUGAUAUGAAAUCACUUAGUAACCCGGUGAAAAACGGCACUGAUUCUGUAAAAGCAUCAUUGGAUAAAUCACCGAAAAAUUUCACAUCGUCAUCAUCAUCAUCUUUGUCAUCCCCAUCAUCACAACCAUCAACAACAUCGUCCUCUUUAUCAUCCUUGUCAACAAAGCUAUUCUCCAAUUCCGUUGCGAAACCGCUAUUACGUUCAAAUGGAUUAAAAAGUAAAAGACAGAAACUUAUUGAAACUAAUAACAAAUCCCCAAAUAAUAAUACAAACAGUCGACAACAAGAAAGAUUAAUGAAUGGAAAUCUCGCCAAAAGCAAUUCAACAACAAAAUUUAAGUCUACAAAUGACAUAUCACUGAAUUCAAUUUCAACUGAUGGAAAACAGAAAGAUUAUUUGAAUGCAUUCAACCAAUCAAUAAGUCAACAGUGUAAGUUAAUUAACCAAGUCAAUUCAACAACCACAAAAUUCAAGGAAAGAGAUCAGUCAGUACUAUCUAACGGACUACACAAUAAUAAUAAUCCUUGUGUACCCUGUUUAAAUGAUAAAGAAGCGAUAAAUUGUACACAACCAUUAUGUGAAAACAAACAUAUUUUAAACAAUGUAAGUAAUAAUUCUAUUACUACUACUAAUAAUAAUAAAAUGGACAUAUCUAGAGAUUGCAUAAAACAAGAAAAAGAAUUACACAAUGGAUAUUUAACUUUGAAUGAUCAGUCCAAUGCAAAUCACAAUCAUGAUUCUAGAAAUGAUAUAAAAAAGCAUUUAAAUGGUAAUAUGAUGACGAUGAAAUCGAAAUUAACAGGGACUAAUGAAAUAAACAAUUCGAAUAAUUUACAGCCUAUUCAAAACAAUUAUACAGACAACAUUGGUGUUCAUAUUCAUGAUGAGAUAACGUUAAAUGUGAAAGAAAAUAAUGAUAAUUAUUUAACUGCAUCAACACUAUCAUGUACACAGUCAAUGAUCAAUCCAAUCACAAACACGUCAGAAAUAUCUAAGACACCAACAAUAUUGACCGAAUCAACAACAAAUGGUGGUUUAUGCUGUGAGAAAAAUAGAAAUUCUAAAAAAUUUAUACAAUCCCCUAAAAAAUGGUUAACCCGUAAGUUAUCCAUGAUAAAAAAAAGUCAUUGAAGUAGAAAAUAAUUUAUGUGUACACAGUACUUCAGUAUCAAGUUGAUUGCAAUAUAUACAAAACCGGUACACGUUUACUUACACGUUAAAUAAACAGUUUAUAUUUGAUAACUGCUUACUAAUGAUUGAUUAUUUAUCUAUGACAGUUAAUUACAGGUUAAAUGUGAUAUAUACACAAUUAUUUAUAGCAAGUCUUUCAUUUCAAUAACUGGUUCAUUGCAUGAGAACCUUCUCUUUGCUGUUGAAUCAUAUUCAUGUCGAAAAAUUUCAUAUGAUAUUAGAAUUCAGAGAACAAACUGCACACAGUGCAAAAGUAUAAACAUUUUAUUGCUGAAAACUUUUAUUACUCAGCAUGCCAUUGACCAUUUUUGUUUAUUUUAAUAUGAAAAUAGUAAAACGAGUAUAAUAAAACUCAUAAUGAUCAAUAAAUCUGUCUUAAGUAUUAUUUGGGUGCAAAGUUGAAAAGAAUGACAUUUAAUUGAGAGCCUAAGUGUGUGGAAAUAAGAUAUUGUAAAUAUCAUUGCAGUGUGUAUGAGUGUUUACGAAUAUAUCUAGAUUGAGUGAAUUCUCAGACCUAUGCAAAUGCUUAACAGCAAUCAAAUUUUAAGCUUAAAACUACACACUUCAAUCUGAAUAUUGAACUGUUGGAUAAAAUAAGUAGGGAAUCCUGUCUUGACCUGAAUUCUAAGUCGAAAACUUUAUUAGAUGGAUACUUAAUUUCUUAUUCCAAACUGUUUGCCCUAACACUACAACCACAAAAAAUGUAACCUGAUUUGUUUUGGAAAAUAAGUAAUAUUGUUUGAAUCACUACUUAUGGGCCGAUUACUAGGAGUAUUUAGUAGUUAAGGCAUUCGACUUUGAGCUACUAAGCCUGUUUUGAACCCAGCUCCUCCUGCUUUGAUUUGGGCAACUGGGUGGUAUCAUCAGCCUUCACAUAUGGUGUGACGUAUGGCCAAGAAACUGGUGAAUUAAUGUGUUUUAAUAUUUUAUUUAGCUUAAUUCAGUUUAGAUGACUGACAUUCGUACUUUUUAUACCAAUGCUAAAUAUUUCUGGUACAAAUCUCUGGAUGAGAAGUUUUCCUAUAAUUGUAGGGGUAGCUAAUUUAUAAUUAACAACAGGUGGAAAGUCUAAUUUAGAUGCUGUGUUCCCUACGUCUUAUUUCCGCUUGCUCAACAAUAAACAAAUUAUGCAAUUGCAUUGAAUAGCUGUAUGCUUCAUACUUCCAUUCUCACCUUCAUCGAUAAAAUUAAAUUAGCACUAGGAAGUUAUACGUAGAAGUUAUUAUUAUCUCGAUUAUUUAACAGAAGCAUUUGCUUGACAAAUACAUUUGUUUUUAUGCUUCUUACUUAAAAAUAUACAUUUCAUCAGCUAGAAAAUUGCAAGAUUUAGCAGUAAGCCCAAGAAAAUUACAUUCGUAGGAAGCAUUGGGGCUCGAAUUUUAUGCAUCUGAGUAUCGACCAACUGUCAACUUAAUUGAAGAGAACUAUAGUUUUUGGUCGAUUAACUUUUAAGAGACUCCCAAACUUUGAAGAUAACGACUACUUUACCUAAACAUUUAUUGUGGUUUAGAAAAUAAAUGUAGCCUAUGUCAUUCACAUCCUCACAACCUGUGAUCAGUAAAUUUUCAAAAAAUUGAAUAAAAACUAACAACACCUACAAUAAAUUCUAUAUGAGAAAAUAUCAAGUUUACAACAUCAACAUAAUAAUACAUUAUUUAUUCUUUCAUUCACUUAUUUUUUUCUUCUGUUUACUAUGACAGCACAAACAAGUCUACAGAGAGAA